AUGCAACUAGCCUUUCUGGGCUUUGAAGCUGUACCCGACUUUACCCACCGAGGCCGUCUUCUCAGCGCUGUAGGCGUCGAUGGAGUACAAGGAAAGUUCGUUCGCAUUCGUGAUGACAUGAAUCAACCAACAACUGCUCACGGUGAUUCAAACACCAUCCGAAUGCAGAACACCUUUGAUCUCGUAACUGGAGUAGGACAAAGGCAAGGAACUGGAGUGGAGCGAUCCUUCCUGUUCAACUUCGCCAUCGAUAACAUUAUGAACAGAACAGUAUAUCAGUGUCCGGCCGAUAUCAUUCUAGCACCAGCAGACGCCUCUUGA